CAAAUUCAAGUCUCCUUUUCUCGUCUACGUGCUUCAUACUACUUUUACACCCAGUAUCAAACCAACCAUGUCCGAGGCUGAACGAACCAAAGAGUGUCUCUCGGAGCUGGAGGCUCACUUUAGAGAGACCAAAACCCCUUCUGACGCACUGGUCAUUCUCGGCCGAACCGGGUCCGGUAAAUCAUCUCUUCUAGAGGAUCUCUCUGGUCUCAGCGGUUACUCGCAACAGAGUGUUGAUUCCGUCACAACGACCAUCCAACUCUGCAAAGCUAUCGUCAACGAUAAACCCUACUUCGUCAUGGACACACCGGGCUUCGAUCCCAACGCCGAGGAGAAGACAUUCCGUGAAAUCAUCCGCGGUGUGAACUCCAUCCGCCGUUUCGCCCGCAUUACCGGGCUCCUAUAUCUCACCUGCAUCCCUCAAGAACGGUUCGAUGACUUUGACCGAAAGCUAAUCCAGUUCAUCCGCGCCUUGAGUGGACCGCAGUACAUUCCCCGCGUCACGUUUAUAACAACUUUCUGGACCGCGACGCCAGGACAGGCGGCCACUUACAGCCAGCGCCUGGCGUCACUUCAGUGCAGAUGGGAGGAUGGUCUUGGCGUGCGCGGGUUGAAGACGUAUCAGCACGGCUGGGAGUACAACGGCGCAGGUGGGGAUAGAGGUGUGAUUAUUGACUGGUUUGUCAACCGCGAGCAGAUUGCGCAACAUGCGAGGGAGAUGGUUGCGAGGAAUUAUAGCAGUCCGAGUAUUGUUGCUUCGAGGAUCGAGGAGCAACUGGAUGCUAAUGUGCCCAUUCACCAAACGGACGCGGGGAGAUUGCUUGGGCUGCCUGCUCCUCGUCCGUCACAGUUUCCCACAGACGCAAACGAAGAUGCACGACCGAGAGACAAUGCCUCUUCUCAUACAGGUGCCUCUAGCCCACAUACGUCCAGCAAUGCAACCUGGGAACAAGCAGCCGCCCCGCCGCCAGGGACUUCUCCUAGUCAAGUGAUUCUCGAGGGACUCAGCUGGGUGUUCCGCAACAUUAACUUUGGCAGUGCAGCUGGAGGCGCCAGUUCAAGACCCAGCGUACUUAGAGGAGGUGGAGAUCCCUUUUCCCCUGUCGACGUGAUGAAAUCUAGAGGCCUUGACUCGAGCAGGGAGGGCAGGUUGAAAUAUGCCCAGCAACAUGGAAUUGGAGGGGUGCCUUUCUCUGCGUCGUGGGGGGAGGCAAUGCUGAGGCAUCUUCAAAGGAAUGGGUAAUACAGGGCGGCUGGAAAUAUUGUUUGGAGGGUGCAAGUGAUAUGAUGUGGCUAGUUGUUUAUAAAGGGCUAUUAUAUCUUUGACGAGGUUGCCAACAUCCAAGUUUCGGUUCCUUUCUUAAGUAGUAUAUUACCUUAGUAGCCC